AUGACAGAAGCACGCUUCCCACCCACGCCAACAUGCCACCUUCCUAACGAGUACAAGUCCUACGGCAAAGACCUCGAUGACAUUAUCGGCAAGGCUUUUGGCGAGAAUGGCAAGCUCAUGACAUACAAAGACGACAAAGAUGCUCUCCUCGGUCCAUUCCCAAUCCUCAUCGCCUCGAAACAAAUCGGAACCCAAUACAUGGCCUUGAACAAGUCCUUCGGCGCGCUGGAAGGUCUACCUCCAGAUGCCCGAGAAGUAGCGAUCCUCACCAUCGGAGCCCGGUAUCAAGCAGCCUUUGAACUAUACGCUCACAGUAGUCUUGCCGUGAACUCCAACCUCUUGACCCAAACACAAGUGGAUCUGAUCUCUUCGGGGAAGAAACCGGAAGAUCUUAAUGAAAAGUGUAGUGUUACGUAUGAUGCUGUGCAGCAUUUGGCAAAUGUCCCGGGACCAUUGUCAAAGGAGCUUUUCGAUAGGUGUGUGCAGGCUUUUGGGAAGGAAGGGACGGUGCUGUUGGCACAUUAUGCGGGGACGUAUGCUUAUACUUGUAUUUUGUUGAAUGUGGCCGAUGCGUCGGUGCCGAAGGAUUGA